AUGUCGGAUUCUUUGGCAGCUCCGGAACUUCAAUCGAUACAAUGUUCUCGAGAUCCACCGCCAUCAAUGUCUCUCGUUGUAACAUCUCCUGAACCUCAAGUGUUACCUGAAGCGGUUGGAUCAACGCCAGCUCUGCUUUCAGACCUAUGGAGCCAAGCUAUUAACGAGGCCAAAGGUGAAAGUGGAAUCCUGAAAUGGCUUCAAAAAUAUGGGCUUAUGGCCACGGAUGGCGCGCAGCAAAUAGACCAGAGUCAAACGGAUGAAAAAUUCCACGUACAAGAGCUUAUUAGUCUUAUUGAAGCAAACAAGUUAUCUGAACAAAGCGACAAGCCGCUCAAAAUCCCACUCAGAAACCAGGAAAUCACUGCCCGAGACUACAUCGCUAAUGCUGUCGCCUUUAUUACAAAAGUCGGCGACAUCGCUUUCUCUUGCACGCCAAUGGAGUCCAACGCACCUUGGACCGUUACAAAGGCUGUUCUACAAUCCAUCGGAUCGAACAACAAGCUGCUCUUCUCGGGACGGUCAAAUGGUUUACGAGCAUUGUACGCCGAGGUCAAAUCUAUGAAGUUCUAUAUACCAUCGAAACCACAGACAAGAAAGCCAUUCAGGGUUUACACGACGGCCUUCUUCAGGUCUACAUCGCCGCCAUAA